UAUCCUUGAGUAGCAUUCGGGUGUGUUACAAGUGGUAUCAAAGCAAAACGAUUCUUCAUUCAUUGCUUCCAUGGCAGAAGGGACGCGUAUCCAUCAGCUUACUGAGAAUGUCAGUAGGUUGGACAAGAAGUAUGACGACUUAGCUCAGGCACAAGCACAAUUUGCUGCACAGAUGGUUGCUUCACAGGCCCAGUUGCAGAGUCAAAUUCAGUUGCUUGUAGAUCAAAUGAAGUUACAGAAUGAGAAGCCUGUUUCUCCUGUGCAACCGGUUCAGCAGAAUCCAGAUGCAUUGCAGUGGCAGGAUCGAAACACCUACAAAACAGAAAGAAUUCAUAUGGGUGAAACCAGAAUUGGUGCGGGUCAUCAGGGGGGAGAGUUCCUUCCAAGAAGACCAGUUCACAUGGAUUACCAAUCCAGGCUGCAAAAUCAAGACGAAAACAGACAUGCUGAGCAUUAUGAUCAAAACCAGUGGAGACCCAAUCAAGGAAACAGAAAUGCAGAACAGUAUGGUUGGGGGUAUCAACCAUCAACCAGAGGGAAAAACAGGAGUGCCGAGCAUUCUAUGGGGUACCAAAGGAUUGCCGACCACCAAGGGAACAAAGAUGCAUGGAGAACUUAUCAGGUAGAAGGAGGUCCAAGAAUGCAGAGUUUCAAUAACAUGGGCACAAGACAGUUCCAGCAUCCAGACAAUCCGGAUAUUUGGAGAUUCCAUCAAGAUGAAAAUCCAUGGAGGCAAAGUCAGGAGUACAACUAUGCACAGCAUCAAGAGAAUCAUGGGUCCGGGUUUAAUCAUGGCCCGGAUCACAGUCCUUUUAUAGCUCAGUUUCCAGCAUUCGAGUCCAUAGAGCCAAUUUCAAAGGCAAAUAUGGCUACCGAAACUCAAGAAAAAAAUCAAGACCAAGAACCAGUGCACCAAGAAGGGGAAGCAAUUGAAGAGUUAGAGGUAGCUUCUUUAGAAAUUAAGAGCCAAGAAACUAUUGGUGUUCUAGAAAAAAAUCAAGAACACAAGAUAUCAGUACCAUUGAUCGUCAUAAAGAUAAUUAGUGUGCUAAUUCCAAAUUCAAUUUGUAGCAUCAAAUUUUUGGAAGAAGUUUGUGUCCUCACUACCAAAUCUUUGACAAAUUUGCAAGAUGAAGAGGUGCCUUAUCAAGAUGAAAAAAAUAUGUUUGAUGAAAGGCUGAAGAGGAAGUGGAAACCAAGAGGGGAUAUGUUUUGGAAAUACGAUUGGUGGGUCUUCAAAACAAGGUGGAAGCCAAAGGAAGUGUUGGGUUGGAUCAUUGUCAGCGACUCUAAUUCUGUGGAGAAGCAAAGUGUCGAAGUUGGCCGUAAUGUUAAGGCAGACGAUGGACGGUUUUAUGCUGCAAUAGGCAUUUCAACUACCGUUGCGUUCGGGUCAUGGGGUGUGUUCAGGAGAAAUUUUGCAAUUUUGAAAUUGCUUAAGCAGGUUGUUUUCAAGCACAGAUGGCGUUGGAAGGAUUAUAGCGUGAAUUGUCCAGGAGUUCAAGGAGCUUGUGUGAUGGGAAGCCUGAAUGUUAUUGUAUUGGAAAGGCUCAUAUAUGGAAGCCUUGGAGAAGAGAACUGGCAUGGGAAUCUUCAAGAAGAUGGAUUGGUGCGUGACAGGUGUGCGUGGCAGAUGCAUUGUACAGCUUGCUGACAGAGUGUGCACGUGGAAUAUCAUCAAGUGAACACAUGAAUGGCUUUUUGCAUUGGAAAUGGAAGAGGAGAGUUUCAAAACCAUAUUGUGCAUUUAUUCACCUGAUUGUGGUAAAGUCAGAUUUUGUUAAAAAAUUCAAAUUGUAUCUUGGUAGCUGGACAGAUUGAUGGCAGCAUGUGCACCUUUUGAGGAAAAUUGAUAGGCGUUUUCAGAGGUCUUGAGGGAUACUUGUCACAACUUUGAUCCAUCUUUGUUCUUGCAAAUGGCCUUUCUUUCUCAAAACAGCACCUUGGGGGCAAGGUGCUUUUGAAGAGGUGGGUAUUGUCGCAUACCUACAUGCAAGUGGAUUACGUGGCAAUUAUAUAGUAGUGGGCUCUAGAACUAUAUGUUAGUUGGGCUAUUGGAUUAGUUAGUACAUAUGGGCUGCCGGUAGUUGAAUUGGUUAUUGCAAUUGGGCUGAGCAAUUAGAUUGAUUGUUAAAAUUCAGUUAGCUAGUUGGACCGAGAAUAAUGGUAUAAAAGGCUGCCUCCUGUAGUAAAUUACUCAUGCAAAUUGUUAUGAUCUUAUAUUAGCUUUAGUGAUUAGUUCUUGAAUAGC